AUGGGCCUUGACCCUACCUACCCUAUUGCAUCCACAUCACGUCAUCAACCCAUGGCAUCCACAUCUGCCAAAUCCUCAACCACAACAACGAACCCUGGACCCGGGACAGGCGGUUCCCACCUUCGACGCGUCGCCAUCACCGAACAAGGUCUCCAGAAAGCCGCCGAAUCCGUCCUCAAAGUUCUCACCCAUGAAUCCAUGGUACAAUGUUUCCCUGAAUUCCUUCCCGUGUUCGUCAAGACGUAUGGGGAGGAGGAAGGACAGGUGCAGUUCGAUCGGUUGGUCGAAUCGUUGAAGGAGGUGCUGGUGGAGCAUUAUAGGGAGGGAAUUCCGGUUAGUUGGGGUUUUCGAAGAAAAUGGAUGGGGCGAGGGGGUAGUUCGUGAGGCGUGCUGAUACGUGUGGAUGAACUGUAAAACAGCUCGCUUGGACAGACAUGUGUGAACGGUUCGAUUGGAUCGCUCGCGCCAACGCGUUGGAUGAGAUCGUCGAGCGAGCGAGGCAGGAGAAGGCGCAGGGACGAACGCCGAGGAACUUAUAUGUGUAUGUCACGAGACACUGUGUGGUAGUUCGUGCCCGAUGACUGACUUGUAAGCCCUCUCUAUCGCCCUCCUCUCGACACCUCUCGACGCUGGCCACUCCCGUCUCGGCGUUGAUCUUCACGAACAUAGCAAGGGAACGGAUGGACGCUUGACAAUACCGAGUGCCACCGUACCCGUGCUCAAGGACGCUACUGCAUCACUGAGGGCCAGAAGAGUAGCGGUGAGGAUUCGUUCGAGGUGUCCGACAAAGACGCAAAUUUUGCAACAAAUCUGACCCCUGAAAAAUCUUGCUUUUGGCGAAUCGUAACAGCUCGAAGAAAAGAACCAGGCGACGUACGAACGCAUCGUUCAGAAUCAAGUCGUAGCGGAUAGGACAGAAAAACAGAUCAAGGAGAUCGUCGAGGACUUCCAAAGGGUAAGAGAUUUCGAACAGAGUUCUCCGGGCGGAUCGGAGAGCCGUGCGCUGAUGAACUCUGCGCCAAAUGCUUGACGUGACUUCAGGCCGUCAAGAUGCUAUCGACGGUCGAUAUGAACGAGUUGACCGAGCUGCAGAAGCAGGUCGUGCAAGCCUUGCCGGCGGAUGCGAUCGUCACGUAG